AUGUUGUCUCAUUGGGACGAAUUUACCGGUAAACACCAUAAUAAACUACGAGAACGCAUUAAAAAGGGAAUUCCGGAUUCGUUAAGAUCAAGAGCAUGGCCGAAAUUAAUUAUACCUCACUACGGAACGCAGGAUUAUCAUCCAACCGAUGUUGAUAAACUUUUAGAAGGCGGAAAUCAAGUAGGAUAUCAGACAAUUGAAAAGGAUCUUGCUAGAACAAUGCCAAAUUAUCCAAUGUUCAAUAACGAAAAAGUUUUCAAUUCGUUACGCCGCGUUUUAUAUGCUUACAGUAAUAAAGAUCCUGAACUCGGAUAUACUCAAGGCAUGUCCGCAAUUGCUGGAUUAUUGCUCUUAUAUUUGGACGAAUCUACCGCUUAUGAUUGCUUUGAAACAUUAAUGCUCGAUGAAAGAUACGGAUUAAGGCAUUACUUCAUACAAGAAUUCCCAAGACUUAAAUUACUUAAUAAAGUCUGGGAAGAAAUUAUGAAAGAAAGAUAUCCAAAAGUAUGGAAAACAUUCACAAAGGUCAACUUAGAAUCACUCUACUACACUCCUUCUUGGUUUUUGACCCUUUUCUUCAACCAAAAAAUCGCUCCAAUUCUUAAAUUCCGUAUUUUCGAUCGUUUUUGCGAAUUUGGCUCAAAGGCACUCAUUUCCUUCGGUCUCGUCAUUGUUUCAAGGCACAAAGAUGAUCUCAUCAAUAAACCCUUCGAAAAAGUAAUUAUGACAAUGCAGCAUCCAUUCAAACGAGGUUCAAGUGAAGAUUCAGGAAAAAUGGAUGAUUGGCGUUACGUUCUCAAGAAAUACGAUGAGCUCUGGAUUUCAGACGCAAAAUAUAAGACUUACUUCCAAAAAGCUGGAGUAGAGUACUUUAACUAA